AUGUAUAGAUCACAAUCAUUUUCGUUAUUAUUGGUAUUAUUAUUCACAAUCAUUAGUAUUGCAGUAGGAGCCAAUAUCAUACCAGAUGGAGAGUAUGGCGGUACUAUUGAUUCAGGUAGUUGUAAUGAGACCACUGUCCCAUUUGUCAUCAACUUUCAAAGUGGAGCAUUUAGCACAAAGGGUGGAUCAGGUCUCUCUUCAGCUGUAAUCUACACCAGCCAAGUCUACAAUGAAUCAAUCGGUCAAAACGACACCAAUAUCCUCUCAUUGGGUCAAGACAACUGCGUACUCUUUACCUAUGACACAACUAGCAAGAACGUUACAUUGUACUUCCCACUAAAUGCUCCAGGUUGCAAUACAGAGACUGUUUGCGCAGGUGCCUAUGUAGCCAGUGCUACCUUUGACAUGUCAGACGACGAAUAUUUAAACGAUCAAGAACCAAAAGAAGAACCAAUCUUUAUACCUCCUCUCAACUUUUCGAUGGUAUCUAGUGGAGUAUAUAGAAGUGGAUACCCAAACAAAAAGAAUCAUCCAUUCCUCAAGAAGCUUGGAUUGAAAUCUAUCUUGUAUCUAUGUCCUGAAGAGUACAGUGAAUCUAAUACAAACUUUAUCAGAAAGAAUGGUAUCAAGUUACUUCACUAUAGAAUCGUUGGAAAUAAAGAACCAUUUGUAGAUAUCCCAGACGAAUAUAUUAGAGAUGCAUUGGUCGAUUUAUUAGAUGUUAGAAAUCAUCCCAUUUUAAUUCAUUGUAACAAAGGAAAGCAUCGUACAGGAUGUGUUGUUGGAUGUUUAAGAAAACUACAAAAAUGGUCAUACACUUAUAUCUUUGAUGAGUACAGAAGAUUUGCAGGCAGCAAAGUUAGAGUUUUGGAUCAACAAUUUAUCGAACUUUUCAAAUUAGAAGUACCAUACAAUAAGAAAUAUAAACCUAAUUGGCUUUAA